GGCUGGUAAUAGAAAGUUCCGCAUUCCCAAACCCUCCCAGAUAGGGAUCGGUAUAUAAACGGGCUGAUGCAACGAUUUCCACUCUUUAAAAUCUACAACCGACCUCCAGCUGACCUUAAAAAAGAAACUCAGUCGGAUUUAGGACCAAAGUCAGUCAAAGAAACUGCGUGUGGAAAGAAACCAUAAACACGGUGUGGAGAUGUCAUUAAGCUGUUUUGGUGAACAGCGAUAAGCGUGCGGUUGCGUCCUCGAGACCUCAAAGCUGUGGUCGUAGCUGGAUCUGACAUGAUGCCGGGACAGAUCCCUGACCCCUCCCUGACGGCCGGCUCCCUCCCCAGCCUGGGCCCGCUGGCCGGGAUCUCCGCCACCACGCUGACUGACCAGCUGAAAUUCGCCGACCUCCGCAACCUGGGGGCCAUGCUGUCCCCGCUCCACUUCUUGGGGAGGCUUGGGAAGAGGCCUGCGCCAAUCAAGACCGAGAUGGAUGAGGAAGAGGACAGGAGGAAACGGAGGCGAGAGAAAAACAAGGUGGCCGCAGCCCGAUGUCGGAACAAGAAGAAGGAGAGGACAGAGUUUCUACAAAGGGAGUCCGAGCGACUGGAGGUGAUGAACUCAGAGCUGAAGGCCCAAAUCGAGGAGCUGAAGCACGAACGGCAGCAGCUCAUUUUGAUGCUCAACCGCCACCGGCCCACCUGCAUCGUGCGGACCGACAGCGUGAAGACCCCCGAGAGCGAGGCCAACCCCCUGCUGGAGGAGCUGGGAGCCAAAUGAAAGGGCGGGCCCCCCCCCCGGCGACCGUCGCCAACCGUUACUGUUUACAGCGCAGCUACAGCCAGCAGCACUUAGCUCUGCGCUCUUUGCCUAGGAGGGAGAUGAGCACUCCUGCCUGAGGCUCAGGGUUAGGGAGCCUUUUCAGAUAAGGGUAGCUCAACGUGAUUGGGAGCUGGCAGCCUUUAGCCUUUUUGCUGUGGCUCUCCAGUGCCUCACAGCCCCAGCUACCAUCACUACAUACAAACCAAUGAAAAGGAAACAAAUGCAACAGUCGAAGUCGUUGAAGAAACACACUAAGUCGGUAUGACACAUCUGUCUCAGGUACUCAGAGACAGAGGGGUGUGUGUUGUAUUUUUUUGUUUGUUGUAUUUGACAGUGUAUACUAGUUGAAAUAAACAGUUAUAGUAUUUUUUUAAUGUUGAUUUAUAUCCUGCCCUUGACGAUGGCAGUGUCCGGUUGACCCGACUUUUGUGGUGACGCAGGCGUCAUGAAAGCACAUACAGGAAUUGUUUACAGUCUUGCUAUUUUUCAUUGUUACUUCCAGCUCACAGCAUAUUUUUAUUGUUUUUUAUACUGCUAGAUGCUAGAUUAAAUAUAUAUGUUUCACUAGAUGUGAUGCAUUUUACUUCCUUGUUACAGAUAUAAUGUCAGUUUUACUCUGAGGAAUUGUCUUUGUUUUGCUUUAUGGCUGCGAAACAAAUUGAAAGUUCCAUUCUCAGCCAGAUGUCCAUUUUGUAACUUCUCCAACAUGUAUGUCUUUGUUACUCUUUGUUGCAUACCAUUAAAUCCUAUUUUCAAAUGGUGGAAGACUUGACCUGGUUUUGUUUCAAAUGAAAUAUGAAUUUUCCAUCAGGUAAAUGGUGUGUGCGGUAGAAUGGAAUGGGUAGUUAAUAUUAUUGGGAAAACUGACUUUUUGUGAACCUCAAGACAUUCAGAUAUUGAAAGAAGUUGGACAACUGGCCCACAACUGUAAAUAGCAAAAAUGUCUGACAUGCUAUUUAAAGUGUAUAAUCGUCAUGCAUGAUCAUUUGUACCAAAUGUUGUGUAUGUUGAGUUUCUAGAAGUGUAAAACCCUGUCUUAUUUACAGUGAUGUGACGGUGAAAUUGCUUAUUUUCUUUAAUGAUUGCAAUUGAAGGUCUAACCUAAAUGUAGCAAUUCAGUUCCUUGUUUCGACACCAGAGGUCACUCUACACGCAUUCAAUGGUACGUGACGUCACAUCUGUGUUGAAGUGAAAUGCUAAAAAAUUCCACUCGCUCUCGCCGGGCGCGGUGGCGUGCGCCUGUAAUCCAAGCUACUGGGAGGCUGAGGCUGGCGGAUUGCUUGAGCUCAGGAGUUCUGAGCUGCUGCGGACUAUGUCGAUCGGGUGUCCGCACUAAGUUCGGUAUCGAUAUGGUGCUCCUGGGGGAGCCCGGGACCACC